CUCAACUCGGAUACUUGUACCAUCCAUCCACUUACUCUCUCUCGCGACAACUUCUUGACACUCUCAACGCUGCCGACACUCUUUCAGGUAGCCCGAUUCGCGCGGCCACAGACCAGCUAUCUCAGCUUCCCCAUAUCACCACCUAAACCACUACAACAACAACGUGCUCCACUGCGACGCGACGACCAAGCAUGAGAGGAGCAGUGACGCUCCUAGCUCUGGCUGGCGCUGCCGUCGCUGAGCAGCUCACCUUCCAGGGGUCUAGCGCACCAAGUCAAGUGCACGCGCAGGCCGAGUCGCUCGUCUCCCUCGUCUCGGCCUCGACGCAGCACGGCACGUUUGUGCGCCUGCUGCAGCGCUCCAAGUCGAUUCCGCUACUUUGGCACAUUGGAAACGCGACGCUCUUCGCCCCCACCGACGACGCGUGGGCCAAGUGGGCAGAGGAGCACCGGCCCAAGAGCGAGGACGACGACGUGCGCGUGGCCGGCUGGCUCGGCGCUGGCGGCCUCGACGAGUGGCUCGUUCCACCCGACGAGGCGGAUCUGGCGCUCGAGGCCCAGAUUUUGGCAGCCUCAGACGUCGAUGAAGGAGAGCGCCUGCGCCUCGAGGCGGAUAACCAGAGCUGGGCGCUCCGCCAGCACAUCCUGUAUCAUGUGCUCAACUACACGCUGUGGCCGUCCGACUGGGCGCCGCAGAACACGAGCAGCAACAUGACGAUUGAGACGACGCUGCUGUACCCGCUUGACUCGGAGCCCGAGUCGCCUCUUCCCCCACCGGGCUCGCCGUGGAAGUGGCCCGAGACGGGCCUGCUCGGUACCCACGGCCAGCGGCUGCGUGUCUCGCGCCCUGGGACGGCUGAGGGCGGUGUGCGGGGGCGUAUCGGCGCCGAUCAUGCUGGUGAGGGCGGGGCCGAGGUCUGGGACGGAGCGGGGUGGGAGAGGAAGGGGAACGACACAACGUUCAAGGACAAGGACAAGGACAAGGACAAGGCUCCGGUUGGCGUUCGUUGGGCGCGAAACGGCCUGGUCGUGGGCGUCGAGUCGGUGCUCGAGCCGCCCCCGUCCAUCAAGGAGGUUAUCCGCAAGCACCCGUCGCUGUCGUAUCUAUCACGCCUGCUGGACACCUCGGACCCGCUGCCACCUCCCCUCCCGCCGUGGCUGGACAGGGCGCCGCACGUGACGCUGUUCGCGGCGUCCAACAGUGCCUUUGAGGCGGCGUUUGACGACAUUGAGCGCGGAUACCUCGAGGGGGCGUUUGGCGCAGAAGGUCUGAGCCGCGUCGUGUCGCCCGGUUUCGUGCUCGGGGUCAACGGCGACAAUGUCGGCUGGAGCGAUACGUGGAAGAAGAACAAGCCGCUGAACGGUGCGUCUGAGGUGACUGUGGCGUCGGGAAACCUCAACAUUACGUCGCCGAGCCAAGGCUCCAUCUUUGUCAACGGCACGGCUGCCGAGACUGUGGAUAUCUUUGCUUCAAAUGGCGUGAUCCAUGUCCUGCCUCAGCUCCUACUGCCAGAAGGAUUCGAGCUGCUCAACUCGGCCGAGAAGGUGCUGCUGUCUCGCAACGCCACACGUUUCGUCUCCCUCCUCCGCUCGGCAAACCUCUCGUCGACAUAUGUUGGCGUGCCAGGCAAGAAGACCAAGAAGGAGUUUACGAUCCUGGCGCCAACCGACGAAGCUAUCGAGGCACUGGAGUGGUGGAUCAAUGUCGGUGUCCCUGGCGGUGACCACUCGAUGCAGUCACUCGCGGCUGCUGGACUCCAGACAGCACCCGACGACGGCACCAAGCCGCCGCCGCCCGAGGAGACGUCGCCUUUAGCUGCGUUGCUCAAGUACCACAUCGUCCCCGGCCAGGUCGCACCAAAGAACCUGGAAGACGGCAUGCUCCUCGAGACAGAGCUCAAGACUGCUGCGCUGGGCGGAGCACGUCAGCGGGUCCAUGUGGAAGUGUCUGAGCGCCGCAAGCCGGGCACCGACGCGACAAUUGAGGAUGGCGAGAUUUCCAUCGGCGGGGCUCUCGUCAUUGGAUCGCCUAUCAAGAGCGGCAAGAGCGUAAUCUACUUUAUUUCGUCGCUCCUGUCUCCUCCCUUGGAUGUGCUGCAGACUGCUGUGUCGGAUCUGCAGCUGUCGACAUACAUUGCCGCUGUCUACGCCGCAGGCCUCGAACGCUCCGUCAAGGCGAAUGAGGGCACGACCUACUUCAUUCCUCGCAACAAGGCGUUUGCUCAACUUGGACUGGCAAUGAAGUACCUCCUCCUUCCCGAGGCCCGCGAAGAGCUCCGCAGAACGCUCCGCUAUCACUCUGUGGAGAAGCUCGUCUACACUACCGAGGUCGAGGAUGGCAAGACGGUUCUCGAGACUCAAGAAGGCGGCAACGUUGUGUUGGAGAGCUCUCCAAACAAGACGUUGACACUGUCGUCGCCUUACAAGUGGGCCGGGCACGAUUCUGGCGCCUCUCUUCCAGCCAACGGAGAGCUCAACCCGGCCGCCUUCGUUGGCAUUGACUCUCUUACCGAGACCGGAGUCAUCCACGCUGUCGACAGUGUCAUUCUUCCAGCCGAUGUUGACAUUACCGCUGCCAAGCUGAUCCGCGGAUCAAAGCAGCGCGUGAUGGCCGACCUGAUGGUCAAGGCCGGCCUCGGCUGGGUGCUCGAAGGCCGUGAGCCCACGCAGAUUGAGCUCGAGCGCGUUGGCCUCGACGGCUUUGUUCGUGCACGCCCCAAGCCCUGGAAGGCCGACAACUCUACAGAAGACUUGGCGCUGCCCAGCUACACCGUCUUGGUGCCAACCGACACUGCGUUUGGACGCCUCAACUUGACGCAUUACCUCACCAACAAUGACGCUCUUCUCGAGCUGCUCAAGCUUCACAUCAUCCCAUCGAGCCUCGACAUUGCUCUGCCCAAGGGCAGUGUUGAGAAGGGACCGAAGCAGCCUCCCAAGGACGGGUACCCGCUCGCCCUGGAGGACGAUGUAGUUUACCCGACACUCUUGACGCCUACCGCCCGCUAUGGUCAAUUGGCUUUCCGCGCCUUUGGCGCCGACGGCUUCAUUGUUGGCAUUCACAACGCACGCGGGGGAUCGAACAAUGACAACGCAGCACAGACGGGAGAUUCCGGCCGUGCCAGCGUGCGUUGGAAGCAUAGCCGCGAUGACGGCAUCACUGGCAUUCACACCAUUGCCAAGGACGACAAGAAGGAAGGUGGCGAAAUCGACAACGGCCCGCUUUGGCGUGGCGGCAUGAGCCUCGGCGGAGGUGUCAUCAUCGUCGACGCCGUUCUUAUCCCCUUCAACCCCGGCUGGUUUGAGCGCUGGGGCUGGCUCGUGCUGACGGUGGCUCUUACCACGGCCGCUGUGGCCCUCACUGGUGUGAGCUUCUGGUGGUGGUGGUCCACAAACCGCAAGAACGAGGGGUACGAGCCCGUGGACACAGAGGGCGAGCGCGAGCAGGAAGAGGCAGCACGUUCGUGGCGACGAACAAACCGCAACAGCAUGUCCGUCCCAGCGGUAAACGGCAACGACGAAGACGACUAGAGAGAAUAACGCGUGUAGUAGUUCAACUUGUAACAAGUAUUAUGCAUGGGGUCGACAGUG